AUGGCGAUCGUGAAACGCCAGAGAGGAUCGCUGCAGGGCAGCAUCGCUUUGGCGUGUCUCCUCUCGAUCGCUGCGUCACUGCACGGAGCCCAAGCAUUUAUUAGAAUUCAAGGUGGCACAUUUGUGGAUGAGAACUGCAAGGAGUUCUUCUUCAGCGGAUACAACACCUGGCAGCUGCUGGAGAAUGCAGCGGGUGUGAUUGGCAGUGCGAGCGACCUCACUGCGCAGUUUGAUGCCGCAGUGGCAAACAGCCUCUCUGUUGUGCGUAUGUUUGGCUUUGGAACGGCUGGUGGUUUCCAGCUGCAGUAUAGCCCUGGCUCGUACAACGAAAAAGCCUUCCAAGCCUUUGACAAGGUCAUUGCUGAGGCUGGCAAGCGCAAGUUGCGCCUUGUGAUCGCCUUUGUCAACAACUGGGACCAGGACUCCGGCUCAGACAACAAGAAGUUCUAUGUUGGAGGCGGCAACCCAGAUGACUUCUACACAUCCGCAAGUGCGCGCCAGGCAUUCAAGAACCACAUGAAGACUGUAGUCAGCCGCAAGAACACCAUCACUGGCGUGGCAUACCGUGAUGACCCCACCAUUCUGGGAUGGAACCUCAUAAAUGAGCCGCGCUGUGAUGCCAUCGGGUGCAACAGCGACAUGCUGGCCUGGAUCCAGGAGAUGGCACCUUACCUCAAGAGCAUCGACCCCAACCACCUGAACACUGUCGGCAUGGAUGGCUUCUAUGACAGGCGGAGCUGCCUUGCGCCGACAGGCAACCCCAGCAGCUGGGCAGGCUACACUGGCCAGGACUUCCUCCCCCAGCACGCAGUCAAGGGCAUCGAUUAUGCAGCAAUUCACCUGUGGCCCGACAACUGGAAGCGUGUGGAUCUGGACUUUGGCAAGGUGUGGCUGACCAACCACAGCGCCAACGGCCAGCUGCUUCAGAAGCCCGUUGUGCUGGAGGAGUUUGGAAAGGGAGUGGGCGGUGAGUUGGCGAAGGGCGAGACGGAGACACAGCGCAUGGACUGGUACAAGUUGGUCUACUACCUGGUGGAGCAGAACAUCGACAGUGGCACGCCGCUCAAGGGCAUCUUGUUCUGGAGGUGGGACGCUGUGGCUGCAGCUGUGGACUCUCAGGUUGGAGACAACGCACUCACCCUCGCCACCUCCAGCUCUGUCUUCCAGCAAGUCGUGAAGCCAUUUUCGGCGCGCGUGGCCCAGAAGGGCAAGACUGUGGCCGGCUGCAGUCCAUCACAGGGCACUGUGUCCGCUGCAUCCAUCAGUGAUGGCAGCGGCAGCGGCCCAGGACCCGACUUCUUCACAGCCCCAGACUCCGCCACCUGCUGCGCAAAGGACUGUGGAACCAUGUACGGGAACCUGGAGGGGACGCCGCUUGCGUCUGCCACAUCAGCGAGUGCGGGCGACUGCUGCGACUCGUGCAAGGGCACGGCCGGAUGCAAUGCAUGGAACUUCUGCUACUGUGACCUGGGUUGCGCCGGGCAGCCCAAGGGCACCUGCGUGCUCAAGAGCAUGAACAACCCCUUCUAUCCCAGGACGCAGAUUGUGGGGGACAAUGCGGGCUGGAUUGGCGGCGUGCCAGGGCAGAGCAAGAUCACUCCCACGUGGCUGUGCCAGCCAGGCGGCGGCAGCACAUGCGCGGGCACCACCGGCGCAGGAACAUGCUCAGCCACCGACCUGCAGAAUUCCCUGCAGUGCCCCGACAGCUCCUGCAAAGCCAAGAACCAAAACGUGGGCGGCGACACGCUGGUGAUGGACGUGAACAGCAACUCGCCAACCAAGACGGUGUUCACCGCGGCGGACUGCUGCAAGGCGUGCAAGAACCAGGGCGGCUGCAACACCUGGACCUUCUGCGGGCGCCCUGAGGGCUGCUCCUCAGACUGCCCCGCCAACGUUGCCAGUGCCAAACAGACGGGUGGCAAGACCUUUGGGCCGUACGGCGGCUGCCAGGGCAACCGUUUCCCGUACCAGCAGUGCACACUGAAGACUGCAAAGGACCCCAGCAAGGUGCAGGUCUACGAGGCUGGAGAGUUGCAGCCCUGGACCUCCGGCUCUGUCUGAUCUGGCAGUUCCUGAUCAGAUCGUACCAGUGAAUGAGUGUGUGUGUGUGUGUGUCAUGUGUGUCAUGAGCGCGAGCAGGUGAAUGUCUCGCAGCUGAUAGGUGUAAUCAGGGCCAAAAUGCAAUAAUUCAGGGCUGCGUGAACAAUGAAAGCACGAAAUUUUGAGGGCUGAUGUCCUUGCGAACUGUUAUUCUUGGCCCUGAAUGGCCCCUGGAAUGAUUGUCAGUGGAACAAUCUGAUGCAGACCUGUCAGUGCCAAAUUUGCCAAGAAACAAAUAUUAGAAGAGCCGUCUGUUGGGCAGCAAGUGCAUGUUUGUGAGGGGGUUAUCUGGUCGCCCCUCCAAUCUGCAGAUAGAUGUGCAUUUCAUUGUCAAUUGUCAGUUUUGUUGCUGUUUCUGUUGUGUUUCAUUAUGUCGCAGCUCUUUCCACGGGAUGAGUAGCUGUGGAGCAUUCUCUGCAUAAAGCAACUUUCAAUUUGGUGUUGGUGGUGCUCUUGCCUUGCAAUCCAUUCCAGCAACAGCAAUUGAGUACUGCCUCUUGGUCAAUUGCAGCGUUGUGGGCAUAAUGUCGGUCUGGUGCCUCAUCUGCUUGAAUGACCAAUUGGAAUGAUGUUCUGUCUGGGUCUAGCUGCAUGGGUGUUGCUUAAGUCUCAAAGCCACUUAUACAUGUCGAAUGCGCAGCAGGAGCUUGUAAUGAAAGCAUGAAGCUGG